AUGGGUGCAAGUGGUGGUAUUCUGUCUAUCUGGGACAAUAAUAGAUUUUCCAAGGAUGAUGAAAUAUUAGGCCUCAACAAUAUUUCUACCUUGUUCACUACUAAAGAUAAUGUCUUUAAGUGGGCUGUCACUAAUGUUUAUAGCCUCUGUGAGUAUAAUGCAAGAGCAGAAUUCUGGAAAGAUUUGAAGAAAGUCAGGCAUUGGUGGGCUGGUCCUAUAUGUUUUGCAGGUGACUUCAAUGUUGUUAGAUUAGAUGAAGAAAUGAAUAGAGGUGAAGUUGAUAGUAGAAAUUCAAGUUUUCUAAACAAUUUCAUACUUCAACAAGAGUUGGUGGAUCAAUCUUUGGUUGGUGGAUCUUACACUUGGUCCAACAAUCAUGCAGAUCCUCUUCUUUGCAGACUUGAUAGAUUCUUAUUUAGUGUAGAGUUUGAGGAGGCUUUUUCUUCCACCAUCACCGUAUAA